CUUCGACUAAUGAAUAUGAUCAAGGAAGGACGACCUGCCCAAAGCCCAUGACUUGAACACCUGUAGCUUGUAGGUUAACAAUACCGGCCAUACCUCCAUCCAAAAGGUCAAACCAUCCGGUAGUCGGAUAGCCGAAUCGACCAUGUCAGCUCAACCCCCAGAGGUCCCGAGCUUCCCCUCGUCUACGGCAACGGCAACACCACCUCGCCCAGGCCCGAGCCAGAUGCCACCCCACGUCCCCCGUUCGACGGCUUCGUUCCACCUCGUCCAUAUGAUCAGCUCUAUCUUGGACCAACGUGGGUUCACCGGUUGUCAAGCUGGGGUGUUGGCCGAGAUGGAGAGGAUGCUUGAAGAUCACAUCGCCAACCUAUUCACCCAAGCUCAUAUACUCGCCGAACAUGCAUCCCGGCUUCAACCUUCUCCUGUAGACAUCCUGGAAUCGCUCUCCCAUUCAUACCUAUCCCGGGUGGAUCCUCAUCUCUUCGACCCUUCCAACUUCGAGGAUGACACCAAAAGCAAUAGCGAUAUCAAGAACCCUGACGGCACAGUUGCUGCCAAACCCGACCCGAACACAAACCAGCCGAUGGAAGUAGACAUCCCUUCUCAUCUCAAUACCGAACACCUCACUCAAGAAGAACAAGCCCAAGCUCUUCAGGCUUCUCAAUGGAAGACCAGGGAUGCGAUCGAGAGACGGGUACAUGCGGUCGUCUUGGAGAGUUACCAGGCGCCAGUGAGGGAUUUGAAGAGCAUGGUAGCUAGGUCUAGAAGAGGAGUCAGGGGUGGGAAUGAGGCCGGGUUGAGUAAGGGAGAAGCUUCUGGGAGCGGGAAGGAGGGUGGGACUGGAAGUGUUUAUGAUCGGGUGUUAGUUCCACUCCCACUUGCCCUCCGAGAAAUAACUCCCGAACCUCAAGACCCCUACACAAUCUCCCUCUCAGACGACGAGGACGAAUCAGAUCGAUUACCUAGUAUCACCGCUUCUUACCCUCGCCUCCCUCCACUCAACAAACGCACCUUCAUUCCCGCUGAUCUACAAGACCCUGCGAGUGCAAUAAUACCAACCUCGGCCUCGAAUACAGGGAAUACAGAAAGCGGAGCACCCUCGACGCCCCUUCCGGCUAAACGUCGACGGAGGUCUACUAUCCACCGGUUAGAUGCGCUCUCUGACCAACUAUCUACCUCGACUUACCCCGGAGGUGCUUCUGGAAUACGGGUCAAAGACGAACCAGCAGGAGAGGGUUCAGCGGGAACGUCGAAUGCAGGAAAGCUUGAUUCGAGCAAGAGCGGGACCGGGACCGGGACAGGGCCUGAGAGGGAGAAUGAGAGGGAGAUUAAGAUGCGGAAGAACGAACGACCGGGGUACAUGUUGGACGUCCCUUGGGUUCCGGGUUUACCAGGUCGACAUCGGUGGAGAAAGACGUUCGAGCGAACCACCCCAGACACCCACGCACAACCCCACACUCACUCUCAUACGCACCUAACGAACAAGACCCUGGAAUACCUCACAUCCUCGGUCCAAUCUACCGCCUCUUCAUCCGCUCUACACCUCUUCCCCGAACCGGGCGCCAAGCGUCGUAUUACGGACCGGGACAUGAAUAAUACAGAAAGGGACCCCCAAUCGGCGUUAUCGACGCCCAGGGGAACGGAGGUGGUCACCAGACACACGGUGCCUCUGGAAUUAGCCCCGGUGAACUAUCACACGUCCCACACUUCCGCUUCUUCCGGCUCUUUCGAGUCGUCUGCUGAGGGUCUAGGGUCGGGAUCAGGGGCGAGCGGGGGAGCAGUGACGGGUACGGGUACGGGGAUGAUGGACAGUCCCCUAGCUCAAGGUGCUGGAUUCAGUUUGGGGGAUGAGGUGUUCGAUCGGGUGGUCAGGAAUGGGGGCAGAGGUGGGCAGGCUGGGUUUGGGAGGAGGCGGCGAUGGGUCGUCGUUUAAAGAAAAGGGAACGAGUUGGUCGGAUCAUGGAGGUCUUUCGAACGUUGGGAUGAAGGUCGGAGGGGAUCAUACGUUCGGCAGACAAACGGGGCAACCCAACGAGAUGGACGAGACGGCCGCCGUAUCGCUGACAACACAUGUAGACGAGCUUAAUAUUGUAUCCAGGUCAAGCGGGCCGAUCCUUACGCAGCAUGUAUCUAUUAAUACAUCAUACAGUAUAUCCCGUCCGGCCGAGGAACUUGUCAACUAGAAAAAUCGUGCGCCCCUCAACAAGGUCCGCGUAAGAAGAUG